ACUCCAGUGUACGUUUAAAUGCAUGGCAACAGCAAACAUCACGCGUGCCAUGUUGAGCGACAAGGAAUUCUUGGAAAAAUGUAUCGAUCGGAACUUGUCGUUUCUAAAGUCCAUACCGAACUCGGUUCAGUACUGGCAGCAGCGCAAACGCGAUCUGUUUGCAAUGAUUCGGCAGCUGGGGAAACCAACAAUGUUUCUCACCUUGAGCGCCAGUGAAACCAAAUGGACUCAUUUGCUUCAAACGCUGCAAAGGCUGUCAGACGGGCGCAGCAACAACGAAUUACAAGACGUUAUGCAGCAACUAACGGCACUACAGCGAGCAACGCUAGUGAAUCAGGAUCCGGUGACAUGCUGCAUUUAUUUCAACAAGCUUGUUGACAUAAUCAUGCAGCUGUUGCAAUCGCCGAGAUAUAGUCCGUUCGGGCAGUAUCGCGUGGUGGACUACUUCAAGCGCAUCGAGUUCCAACAUCGCGGUAGUCCUCAUGCCCACAUACUUAUAUGGCUAGCUGGUGAUCCGUGUGAGGUGGUCUCGGAGAGCAUGCCCGCCACAGUAAAUCUCAUCGACAACCUAUGCUCCGUUCGCGCUACUGAUUUGUCUGAGAACUACAGCAACCAGGUGCACAAGCAUACCUUCACCUGCUUCAAACGGAAUGAGAAGCGAUGCCGUUUCAAUAUUCCAUACUGGCCAAUGGAUCAGACGCGGGUAUUGUUGCCGAUACCCGCUGACGAUGGUCGCCGCGAGCAGCUGAAACGAUGUUCUGCCAAGAUAAAAGAAGUUCUGGAGACUAAAGUGUUCGAGACGUUCGAGCACUUUCUCGACGACUGCAACUGCACAUACGACUACUAUCUAGAUGUUAUCCGCGCCUCAAUAAAUCGUCCAACUAUCAUGCUCAAACGGUCGAUGACAGAGUUAUGGACAAACCCGUUCAACCCGUGGAUUGCCAACGUCCUUCGAUCAAACAUGGACCUCCAGUUCAUCCCGGAAGCAUUCUCGUGUGCUGCGUAUGUCGUUGAAUAUGUCAACAAGACAAAUAGAGGCAUAAGCAGCCUACACCGUGACCUCGUUAAACUGCAGGAAGAGUAUCCGGAUCAAGAUUAUACGGCACUGCUGAAGAAGGUGAGCAUUAAGAUGCUAAACUCCGUGGAGAUGUCUGCGCAAGAGGCCGCCUGGUAUUUACUUCGCCAGCCGAUGUCGGAAGCUAGUCGAAAGGUGGACUUUCUUCCGACAAUGUGGCCACACGAACGUAUAAAAUCUCGGAAACGUUCUCAGCAGAUGGAUGAGGAGGGCAUCGAAGACGAGUCAACCGAUGUGUGGACACUGAACAUUAUUCAAAAGUACGAAGUUCGUGUAGGGCUGGAUGAUGUAUGCUUAGCAGAUUUCGCGGCUCACUAUACGAAGGAGAGAAGGGCCAACACGUACAAGCUCCGCGCCAGACCUCGCGUUUUGCGGUGGUGUGCUUACAGCAUGAACGAAUUGGUGGAGUACAAGCGUGAGAUGGUUCUUCUGUUCUUGCCAUUCAGAAAUGAGUUGUGUGAUGUUCUUGAUGAAAACAAGUUCCUUGAGUUGUAUGACCAUAAUGAGGCUGACAUCCUGAGGAAGUGCAAGGAAUAUUCCACUGACCUGGACCUGGAACAUACAGUACAGGAGUAUCUCCGCAUGUGCGCUGAGGAUGAGGCCAACGAACAGCAGAAUGUGGCCAGCGAUAAACACGAUGAAUUUGUUCGAACGAUUGCCAUGGAUCCGAAUAACGACGACAUCACACAUCUGCCCAUCGGUACUUUGUCAUCAGUUAUCAAACAACGUACGAAUGUAAUGUCGAAGCAAGAUUUUUGUGCCAUGGUACGAGCUACCAAUGCGGAGCAGCGAGAUUUGGUCUUGCAAGUGAUUGACGGACUACACAAUUUCAACGACAAUAAUAAACCGCUCCAGAUCUUCUUCACGGGCCCUGCAGGUUGUGGUAAGACGUUCACGCUGCGCAUCUUGAUGGAGACGUUCAACCGCUUUGGUCAGGCGCAAAACUCACAGAAUAACGCCUAUGUUGCAUGUGCUUCGACGGGAAAAGCAGCGGUUGCUAUAAAUGGGACGACAGUUCAUUCAGCGUUCCGCAUCACCAUGGCACGUAGAAACAACGCUAGUCUCAGCUUCGAAUCCCUGCAACUGUACCGUAACGCAUUCGCCAAUAUCAAGGCAAUAAUAGUAGAUGAAGUAAGCAUGGUUGGUGCGGACGUGCUAAACACCAUUCACGCUCGUCUUCAGAGUAUCACCGGAAAUUAUGACGAUCCUUUCGGGGGAAUGAACAUCAUUUUCUGUGGGGACUUGCGUCAGCUACCACCUGUGAAUGCACGGCCCGUUUAUAAGCCAUGCGCAAAUUCUAUGCACGGUGCCGUUCUGUGGCAGUCUCUAGAUUUCUUCCCGUUGGUUAGAGUUAUGCGACAGACCGAUAUAGAAUUUUCUACCGUACUCACAAAGAUUGGCAACGGCGAACAACUCACCGUAGAAGAAACCGGACUGAUUGAGAGCCGAUUCCGCACUACCGAAUGGUGUAAACAAAACGUGCCGAGCGCAGUACGACUCUUCCACCGAAAUGUUGACGUUGAACGGUACAAUUGCGAAGCAUUAACAGAUCUUGAUGGGCUGGAUUGUACAGCUGAGGAUGCAUUCGUAGGGUACAGCAAUGUCGAGCAGCUGGCCAGCUCUCGCAUAAAGCUGUACAAGAUGAGUGUGGUCGAGACCGGUUGCUUGCCUUACAUGGUACGCCUCGUAGUGGGAAUGCCGUACAUGGUCACCACGAACGUCGACGUUGAAGAUGGUAUAGUCAAUGGAGCGAUUGGUGAACUGCAAUACGUAGAGCAUAACGAAGAUGAUCCUCAACAGAGUAUUAUCAAACUGUGGCUCAAAUUCGACAGCGUGGCAAUUGGUGCGGCUUUGAGAAUUAAAUCACGACCGACGGUAUACUCGAAACCCGGAAUAUUGCGACCUGAUUGGACCCCCAUCUCCAGGCGAUCGGCCAACAUCAAGCUCAGUGGUAGCAUCAAGUGCAAGCGUAUCCAGUUUCCAGUAGUCAGUGCAAGCGCGCUCACCGUUCAUAAGUCGCAAGGAGGCACAUUCAAUGAAAUAGUUUACGGUUAUGACAAGAGCCAAGAUCAGCAGCUGGUGUAUGUUGGUCUAUCCCGAGUUAAGUCUCUCGAAGGUCUCUAUUUGACAAACUCCGCCAAUGUAUGCAAGUUCCAUCAUGCCAAAGGCAGCAAGGCCCCAAAAAUGGUAGAGUUGCGUAGCGAAACGCAACGUUUAGUGAACCACCGAUUGCAGACACUUGGCGACGAGAUCAUGGGUGCAAUAGAGGCUUGUGGAAAUGCCUGUACGCUAAUGAGUGUAAAUGUCCAAAGCCUCCAAGCGCACUCCUUGGACAUUGCUACCGACCGCAUACUUACUAGCGUAGAACUACUGGCCUUGAGCGAAACAUGGCAGGACAAUGAAUCGCUUAUUGAAAUUGACGGCUUCAACUGUAUCGUUCAGUUUAAGCGACCGAAUAUGCGAGCAGGAGGUGUAGCCAUCUACGAAAAAAUCACCGCAUCUACCAUGGCCAGUUCUCACGCGAUCGAGAGGCUUAGUGAGCAGUACGACGAGCAACUCCGAGUGGCUGAUAGCUACGGCGAUAUCUGUGCUGCUGAAAUUGUUAUAAUGGGCACUCCAACAUUGCUGGUAUCGGUGUACAUUAUGCCAAGUAAAGGUUUCAUUAGGGGAAACGCAACUAUUUGUCAAAUAAACUAUAUAUUUUCAACAGGCACUACGAUGAAACAGAAGGAGUAUUUCAUUGCACGUACCUUGAUGACAUACGCCAGAUGUACCAUGCCUAUGAUUGUUACCGGAGAUUUCAACAUCGAUGUGUCCAAGUCAGAGAACUCCGGUUUCAUUGAGUUCAUGAAGAGGCACCUUCGAUUGACUCUUGCCACUGAUCCCACGCAAGCGACCACUCUUGGUGGUUCGUGUCUUGACUUGAUGUUCAUCCGGAACAUUCGUGCGGAAUGCAAGAGAUACUGUUCUUAUUUCACAUACCACAGACCGAUACUGUCAAUACUGAAGAUUUGAACACAGUGCGUUUUACAAAACCAAACUCCACCAAUAUUAAUUAGACUACUCUUCUAGGACAGGACUUCAUCCAACCGAUGAUUAGAAGAUCAUCGUGUGACUUCAAUCAACAAAUGACGAACUAUUAGGCCCAAGCACAUCCUAGAAGGGACGAAUAUCAACAUCACCCAACGGUUCUUUCGGAACCACAACAUCAAACGGCCCUUUUAAGGGCCACAAAUAAAAUUAAAAGAGUUGAUUUUAAAACUUAAUUGCAUAUAAUGGAAAUUCAAAUAGUUACCAGUGUCUACAUCAAAAUAUGUAACGGCUUGUUUAGGACCAUACAUUUGAACUUUCAUAAUUUAUUACAUUCCAGGAAAAAUACUUGAACCAACAUUGAACACUAACAAAAUUUCAAAUAUUGUUUUUAUGUGUCCCACACAUGAGUUGUUGCAACGUGAUCAACAAAUCAAUAUCUAUGUGUCGGCCACAUACUUAAUAUAUGUACAUAUAAAAACCAUGCGUGACCACACAUACUAUUCAUUUGCGUGUA